UCAAGUCACUUAGCAUCGACUCAACAAAGCCUGCUGGGACACGACUCACGUUGUCGUCGGGAAGCGUCUUUUUACGCGGCUUCCCUGUAACACAAGACCUCAUCCCACCAUUUCUACCUGAAGAGCAUCUCCGUCUCCCUCCACCUCAACAGCAGCAGCAGCCAUGAACUGGUCUGCACUCGAGGCCCUCCUCAGCGGGGUCAACAAAUACUCCACCGUGUUCGGCCGCGUCUGGCUCUCCAUGGUUUUUGUUUUCAGGGUGAUGGUGUUUGUGGUGGCCGCCCAGCGGGUGUGGGGUGACGAGAGUAAAGACUUUGUGUGUAACACGGCCCAGCCGGGCUGCAACAACGUGUGCUACGACCACAUCUUCCCCAUCUCCCACAUCCGCCUCUGGGCCCUGCAGCUCAUCUUUGUCACGUGCCCGUCACUGAUGGUGGUCGGCCACGUGAAGUAUCGGGAGAAGAAGGACGUGCAGUACACCGCCUUGCACAAGGGCAGCCAUCUCUAUGCCAACCCUGGGAAGAAACGUGGGGGGCUGUGGUGGACCUACCUGGUGAGUCUGAUUUUCAAAGCAGGCUUUGACGCCGGCUUCCUCUACAUCCUGUACUACGUCUACGAUGGUUAUGACAUGCCCCGCCUGUCCAAGUGCUCCCUGGAGCCGUGCCCCAACACUGUGGACUGCUUCAUAUCCCGCCCCACCGAGAAGAAGAUCUUCACCCUCUUCAUGGUCGUCUCCUCUGCCGUCUGUGUCCUUAUGUGCAUCCUCGAGAUGAUUUACCUCAUCUGCAAACGUAUUCAGAAGAUCCUUAAGAGGAAGGCCGAGGCUGACAAGAGGAUGUUCGCCCAGACUCACGAGAUGACGCCGCUGGCAGUGCCCAGGUCAGAGUUCAGGUCCAAAUCGUCAAUCAGGGUGGAUCCUACGAUAUCUCUUCAGAACCUGAGUAACGGCAAGGCUGAGGAGGCAACUGAGAAAAAAUAAUGUAAGGCUGCUAAUGUGGCAGCGUCCAGGUUGAAGAAUUGAAUAAAGUUCUCAAAAAUCCAGAACAGGUGGAGAACUGCAGUUCAACGCCAAACAGAUUUCCAUCAACUCAGGGGAUUUCUGAGACAUUGUUUUGUAAAUAUAAUCAUGUUGAAUGACUUUGUGCAGGAACACAGAUCUGGUGCCUACAAAUGAACUCCUCAAAAACAGAGGAUUACAAAGAAAGUUAGAGGGUUUAAAGAAUUCCUUUAUGUUUUUUAUUUUUGGAAUUGGUUUGUGUGUCUGUGAUUGAGUGUGCGGAUGUGUGUGUGUGCGUCUUCUUGUGUAUUACUAUGGGCCAGUGGCAAACUUAGCUAUUAAAUAAAAUGUAAAUCCUCAUGUGGUGCAGUUACUCACUGCCCCCUAAUGAAUAAAACAACAUAAAGCACUGCUUUAGGGUUAUCACAGUAAUCUGCAGUCACUUGAGAGGUUUUUGUUCUUCGAAAAUGCUCUUUAUUAUGCUCUUCACGACUUACUCUGACCCUUCUUCACAUUAAAUCUGAUUUAAUGAAAGUAUAUAAUUAAUUUAUGCACAUAUUCAUGCACCUCAAAACAUGUUUUUGUACCCACAAUUUAAGUUUUAUGUUUUUUUUUG